GUGCCCCCCUGACCUCUCCCGCAGGAUGCCUGCCUUGCCCCGGCGGCCCAGCGCGGCCACCACCUCUGCCUUGCUCCUGCUCCUGCUGCUGCUCCUGCAGCCGCCGCCGCCGCUGGUCUCCUCGGCUUGGUCGCGAAGCAACUCCCGGGCGCCGGCGGGGUCGCUGCCCCACGCCGCCGCCACGACCCCCAUCGCCAUCAUGGGCUUGAUGCCGCUCAGCGACUCGGUGGAGAAGGGCAGGAUCGGCCGGGGGGUCCUGCCGGCCAUGCAACUGGCCAUGGAGCAGAUCCUCAACGAGUCCUUGCUCGACCCUUACUCGCUGGACCUGCGCUACUACGACACCGAGUGUGACAAUGCAAAGGGACUUAAAGCCUUCUACGAUGCAAUAAAAUAUGGACCUACACACCUAAUGGUUUUUGGUGGAGUAUGUACAACCGUAACAUCCAUCAUUGCUGAAUCCCUAAUAGGAUGGAAUUUGGUACAGGGUCAUACCAUCCAAGAGAGCCAGGUUUUGGAAAGGAGGCAGCAAGGCUCCAGGAUCCUGUCAGAGCCUCACACCUCCUUCCCCAAGUCCAGGAAGCAUUUGCCCAGCUUAAGAAAGGAGGUGUGA